UUGCUUCAUGUUUACAUUUUGUCCUUGAUUUUAUGUGGUUUUUUGGAAUUGGGUCGGACCUUCAUUUUAUUAACUUCAUUUGGUUUUUCUUAUUAUAAUAAAUAUUAUUAAAAAUAAUUUUUAUUGCUGUGCACAGAAUUCAGUUACAUGAUUUGGCAAGAUGAUGGAACUUUCCCAUAGUUUAAUUUUGAAUGAAGAGGCUCUUCAGCAAAUACCAGAGCCUAAGCGACCUAUAUUCAUCUUUGAAUGGUUAAGAUUUCUUGAUAAAGUUCUAGUUGCUGCACAGAAGUCUGAUAUAAAAGGAUGUCAGAAAAAAUUAGUUGAACAGCUUUUUAAACAAAUAAAUGAAUCACCUGGCCCUCCAACAAGAAAGCUCAUUGGUCGUUGCCUUGCUACACUCUUCAAUGUAGGAGAUGCAUCUCUUCUAUUUGAUACAAUCAAUAAGUGUAAUGACAUUGUUCGAAAUAAGGAUGAUUCUCCUAGUUUUUUACCUGUGAAACUCGCAGCAGUGUCUUGCCUAGGUACUAUGUACCAGCAGCUUGGUCGAAUGACUGGAAGAUCAUAUGAAGAAACUGUUUACAUUUUGCUGAAAUCACUUAAAAAUGCAGAGUCUCAAACGAGAUGUGAAAUAAUGAUUUCAAUGGAAAAAAUUGUAUCUGGACUUGGAAAUGCUGCCACUUCAGUACAUAAAGAUAUAUUCAAAGCUCUACGACACUGUUUAACAGACCGUGUAAUGACUGUGAGAUGUUCUGCAGCAAAGUGUCUUCAAGAAAUGCUGAAGCACUCCCCAUUUCUCUACACAACAGAUCUAGAAACAGUAGCAUCUUUAUGCUUUAGGUCCUUUGAAGGUUCAAACUAUGAAGUUCGAUGUGCUGUUUCUGAACUUCUGGGUAUCAUUGUAGCUACUACACAGCAAGUAUCUCAUCCAGCUGUUGGGAAAAAUCGUUUACCAAGUCUAGAGGAAGUAUUGGGAUUGAUGGCUUCUGGUUUUCUUCGUGGUGGCAUUGGUUUUCUUAAAGGUAGUGCAGGUGAAAUGAUCAAAGGUGGCUCUUCAGUCAGCAGAGAAAUUCGAGUUGGAGUUACUCAUGCUUACGUAGUCUUUAUCCUAAAGCUUGGUGGUGCUUGGCUUGAAGCCAAUUUAAAUACAUUGUUGACACAUCUCUUGGAGCUUGUAGCAAAUCCAAAAGCAGUUCCAACUCACGUUGAUGCAGUGUACAGUCGAAAAUGUGUUACCUUUAUUCUUCAGUCAGUGCUUGGCAGGUUACUAGGUGAAAAAGCUCAAGCUUCAGCUUGUAAAGAACUAGUUCGAAUCAUAAUAAAACAUGUAAAUGAAGAUAGUUCUAGUGAGACCUCAAGUAAAGAUAACUCUCAAGAUGCAGCUUUAAGUCAGCAUGUACUUGUCUGUGCUUUGCAGCAACUAGGCUCAUUGAUAAGUGUGCUAGAUACGACUGCUGCCACAAUUGUCUGUGAUCCUUCUGUUGGAGUUCUUGAAUCAGUUGUCUCCGUUCUUGUGCAUUCUAGUUCUGCUGCUCGUCUAGCUGCAGCCUGGUGUUUACGUUCAAUUACAAGUGCAGUGCCUACUCAGCUGACACCUUUGCUAGAGCGUUGUUCAGACCGACUGGAAGUCUUAAAAUCUUCUCCUGAAGCCAUUGCUGGUUAUUCUGCAGCUCUGGCUUCUUUGCUUGGAGCCUCAAGAAAUACUCCUUUGGGAAUACCUCAGAAUCGUGGCAAGAUGAUAUUUAAUGUUGCUGAAGAUCUACUGCGGAGUGCUUCACAGAAUAGUAGACUUUCUUUACAACGCACUCAAGCAGGAUGGCUGAUGAUUGGUUCAGUGAUGACAUUAGGACCAUCUGUUGUAAAAGGUCUUCUACCACGAAUGAUGUUGUUAUGGAAAAAUUCUUUUCCAAGAUCUAAUAAAGAAUUAGAACAAGAAAGGCAUCGCGGUGACGCUUUCACAUGGCAAGUCACCUUAGAAGGCAGAGCUGGGGCUCUUGCUGCAAUGGCCAGUUUUCUGUUACACUGCAAAGAUCUUGUUACUGAUGAAGUUAUCAGACGUCUUCUUUCUCCUAUUGAAUCUGCAUUAAUUAUGCUUGUCAAUGUGGGGCAUGUUUUCAAAUCCUAUGGACAGCAUCUGAAAGCUUGUGCUGCUAUGGUGCGAAUGCGGCUGUAUGAAGUUCUUGCACUUCUGCCUCCUCGUUCAUAUGAAGGAACUUAUAAUAGCUUGCUUAGAUUACUAGUUGCAGAGUUCACUUUAACAGAAAAUCCUGCUAAUACUACUACAUCUUUGCUUCGAAGCUUAUGCCACACGAAUGACAGUAUAAUAUUGGGAUUUUGGUUACAAGAAACUGAUCACAAAGCUAUUGAAGAUCAGAUGGAACCUAAUCGAAAGCUGGAUAGGGAUAACUUGCAGCCCAACAGUGCAUCUGGAUCAGGUUCUCUAGAACAUGAUCACACUGCUCUAUAUAAAGCAUUGAAAAAGGGAGCAUCAGUUCCUGAUCCUUUGCCUUUAGGUGUUGCUGUUAUAGACAUGUCUGUAGUUUUAUUUGGUUUGAUCUUUCCUGCAGUUGCUUUUAAACAUAGACUUCAAAUGUUGGAACAUUUUUCCGAAUGCAUUCGACAAGCCAAAGCAACUCGACAAGAAGCAGUGCAAAUAAAUAUUUUUACUGCUCUGCUGAAUGCUCUAAAGGCAUUAGUUGAAACAAAAUCUAGUUUGGGAUCAGAGGAUGUUAGAAAAGCAGCUAUUCGUUUAUCAUUGGGAUCACUUAAUCAUGUCAAUCCAAUUUUGAGAUGUGCAGCUGGUGAAGCAUUGGGUAGAAUGGCACAAGUUGUUGGUGAUGGUCGAUUUGUAGCUGAAAUGGCUCAACACAUGUUUGAUAGGUUAAAAACUGCUCGUGAUGCUGCAUCUCGUACUGGUCAUUCUUUAGCUCUUGGAUGCUUGCACCGUUAUGUUGGUGGAAUGGGCACUGGUCAACAUUUAAAUACAAGUGUUAGCAUUCUUUUAGCUUUAGCACAAGAUACAAAUGCACCUAUUGUUCAGUUAUGGGCGCUGCAUGCUUUAUCAAUGAUUGCUGAUUCUGGUGGACCUAUGUUUCGAACGUAUGUGGAGCCAACAUUAUCCAUUGUUCUGAAGCUACUUCUUCAUAUGGCCCCCACACAUAUUGAUGUUCAUCAGUGUAUUGGAAAAUGUUUGACAGCUUUGAUUACAACAGUAGGACCUGAGUUGCAAGGCAACUCACUAUCUGUAUGCACUACAAGAUCUUCGUUUCUUGUUGCUUGUGCUAUCAUGCAAGACCAUGGUGAUCCACUAGUACAGGCAGAAGCAAUAUCAUGUUUGCAGCAACUUCAUAUGUUUGCUCCACGUCAUGUUAAUUUAUCAAAUCUUGUGCCCACAUUAUGUUGUGCUUUACACAGUUCUCAUCUUCUGUUAAGGCGAGCUGCUGUAGCAUGUCUAAGGCAACUAGCUCAGCGUGAGGCAUCUGAGAUUUGCGCACAUGCAUUAUCAUGGGCAAGAGAAGAUAACUCAUCUUCAAUUGUAAAUAAAGCUUUCCUCGCGGAAAAUGGAUUGGAAGGUAUUUUAUUUUGUAUGUUGGACACUGAGACUGAUCCUCAUUUGGUUGCUGAUACUCAUGAUACUUUAACAAGCAUGUUGCAGACACUUGCGGAAGAAAAUGUUGGUCACUGGGUGCACCUUUGUAAAGGUGUAUUAACUGCUGCAGAUUUGACGGCAUCAAAAGAGGAAAAAGAUGAUAAUAAUGAUGUUGAAAAUGAAGUUGAUGCAGAUGAUGAAGCAAGAUUUAAGGCUAGUGAAGAAACCUCACAUGUUGCUGUGUCUCCUCGUUGGUCCACAAGAGUAUUUGCAGCUGAAUCACUUCAAAGAAUAAUUACAGCUUGCGAAGUUAAAGCAAUUCAUUUUGACCUUGCUCAAGCCAGAGAAAGCAAGAUGAGCAGUAAAUGGGAAUACCUUGUUUUAUACUUAUCUGACCUGGUAAGAAUGGCUUUUAUGGCUGCAACAUCAGAUAGUGAUGCCCUUAGAAUUGAAGGUCUGAAAGCUUUGCAGAUGAUAAUCAGCAAAUUUGCAAAAGUACCAGAACCAGAAUUUCCAGGUCAUGUGAUUUUAGAACAGUAUCAAGCACAAGUUGGAGCUGCCUUACGUCCUGCAUUUUCACCAGAAACUCCAUCUCAUAUUACUGCAUUUGCUUGUCAAGUAUGCAGUGCAUGGAUUGGGUGUGGUGUAGCUCGAGAUCUCAAUGAUUUGCGCCGAGUCCACCAACUUCUAGUUUCUUCACUUGAAAAACUUCAUAAAGGUUCUAGCAGCUUAAUAUACAAUGAAAGUGCUUCAACGAUGGAAAAAUUAGCUAUUUUAAAAGCAUGGGCAGAAGUAUAUGUUGUUGCAAUGAAUGAUAAAUUAGCAGAAGGUGAAAUUUCAGAAAAUGAUAAAACUUCAGAUACUCAAGAAAGUUUAUUGAGAUUAGUUGCCCCAGAACUUUCUUUGCUGAGUAUUUACUGGCUUUCAUUUUUAAAAGACUAUGCUUUAUUGUCUCUCCCACCUGAGUUUCGUUCUCAGCUUCCACAUGAAGGCGGGGCCUUUUACAGUUCUGAUACAAUGGAUACAGUACGGAAGUUUUAUAAAGAUACUUGGCCUCCAGUUUUAAAUGCAGCUACUCUAUGGUUAUGCCAUGGAGGUUUUGAAGAAACUUGCAAAGCUUCAACUAGCAACCUGCCUCGUAAUCUUCAUUCUUAUUUAGUCCAAAGUAACAGAACUCCUGAUGAAAUUAAUGCUGAUUUUUUCCAUUUGAUAUUUGGAAUUUGCCUUGAAGCAUUAUGUGGACCAUAUGCGAGUUCUACUGUGGAUUAUGUCAUGAUUUGCCUUCACUCAUUAAUACAGCUUCUCAAUCACCCAUUGCCAUCUAAAGUUUUAGGAGAAGAUUCACAACUUUCUAUAGAACUUGCCAAUGUACUACAUAGGUUAUUAUUGACUAGAGAAUGCACUGAGAGUCAGCUUGCAGUUAUGGAAGUAGCCCAGCUUCUUGUGACAGCUCAUAAAAAUUUUAUUGAAAGUGAAAGAAAGAAGAAACUUAAAGAAGUUGCUCCUGCUAACCAAGAACCAAAAGAUCCAGUAAAUGAAUUAGCAUCCAUUGGUGAAGGUGGUGAAAGUGGUGUAAUAACUCCUGAAAAAUCAGUGGUAUUUUCUGUUUUAGAAGAUUGCUUAUGUCUGAUUGUUCGCCAACUGCCACAAAUCAGUCCUUCUUUAGCAAACAACACAGGCACUGUAGUACAAAAUUUGAAGGACACAAAACGAUUAAAUGAGAAUUCUGCAUCAUUAAUUAUAUCAGCUUUAAAAGUUCUAGUACAGCUUCCAUCAUUGUGUUCAUAUGCAGCUUCAGCAGGUGUAGCAGCAGUGGUACUUCAUAUAACAAUAGGAGUAUUGAGAGAAAUUAAAUCUGAGCACCUAGAUACUCUUCAAAACUUCCUUGAUAACAUUUUAGAAUGUUUACAAGAUCUUUGUUCUAAUCCUAUGGCUAAAAAUGUGUCUUGCAAAAAGGAUUGGUUGAAUCUUCUUCAGAGUGGAUUGGCUCAUCUGACACAUUUUUCCAAAUCCAAUUCAAACUCAGAUGAAGCUGAUGAGUUAAUUGCUAUUUUAUCAAUGUCUACAUACAUUACAUCUGCACCAAGAGAAGUUGUUUGUGCUCCGAAUUUGCGACAACAUUGUAUCAAUACUUUCAAGCAUACACUUCAGCAGGAUGGUAAAAUGGUGCAAGUAAAAGCUAUAUCCUGUCUACAGUCAGUAUUUGCAAUACCAGACAUAGCAGUUGCAGGUCCAUAUAUCCAUGCCUUAUGUCCAAAGCUUUUAGAAUUAAUGGGACAAUUUACAACAGAACUCUGCUCUCAUAUUACAUUUCCAGAAAUCAAAAUAAUGGCUAUAAAUGAAUUAAUCUUGGCAUUACAAGUUCUGGUGGAUGUUGCUGCUAACGAUAAAAAACUCUUGAUAGUAGGACUAUAUGUUCCAACUUUAGUAAAUCUACUAAUUGAUCCAGAAACAUCUCAAGUAGCAUCUUCAUUUAGGCAGAAGGUACAUGCUUAUGCACUGCAACAGUUGAUGAAAAUUGGACCUCAGUAUCCUCAAGAGUUUCGGACUGUUGUGAGCAGGAAUUUGCGUUUAAAAACCAAACUAGAAACUUGCAUACGUGCUGCUCAGAUGGGAUCAGACUUGAAUAGGAAUUCACCUGAUUCUAGAACACAGAUUUCCUCACGGACUGUAUCUACACCUACUAUUAAAUUAAAAACUGACUUUAGCAAUUUCACUGGUUGAGUUUUAAAUGUCAUUUGCAAUGGCAGAAUGAAGGUAACAAACCAUAUUAGAUUGAAAUUUUUUAAAAUAUGCAUUAGUUUGUAAUAAAAUUUUAUACCUUUUUUUUUUUUUUUUUUUUUUUUUUUUAAGUAUGAUUUGUGGCUUUCUUAUUGCUGUUAACU